UUCCCUCCAGUCGGCGAUCCCGGACCUCCAGCCCGCUGGGCACCGCCCCGCGUCACGUGAACGUCCGUGCGGUCCAGCCGACUCCCAGUGCGCGUGCGCGGGGCGUGGCACCGUGGCCCGCCCCAAGCCUCAGGGCUGCUGGUCUGGCUAUGGCACCGGGCUGGGUGAGUGCGGUCCUCAGCGGCUCCCGCAGAUCGCCUCCCCGCCUCCUGAGUCCUGCUUCUGGAGAUGGAUACGGGAUCCCAAGCGGAGGAGCCAGGAAGGGGUGUUUGGGCCGGACCCCCUAGACCCGUUGCCCUACUCUCCCCUCAGUGCCCGGAAGUUGCUGGCAGCUCCGCCUCGCGCGUGCGCAAUGCGUGGGAGCCACGUAGACUGGGUGAAACAUGACAGUGAGAAUUUUCCUCUGGCUGACCUGCUGCAGAACCAAGGCCUAAGAGCGGCCGGACUCUAUUACCUGGCAGAAUUGAUAGAAGAAUACACAGUGGCCACCAGCAGGAUCAUAAAAUACAUGAUCUGGUUCUCCACAGCUGUGCUGAUUGGCCUCUACGUUUUUGAGCGCUUCCCCACCUACAUGAUUGGUGUGGGCCUCUUCACCAACCUUGUCUACUUUGGCCUCCUCCAGACCUUCCCCUUCAUCAUGCUGACCUCGCCUAACUUCAUCCUGUCGUGCGGGCUAGUGGUGGUGAAUCAUUACCUAGCGUUUCAGUUUUUUGCAGAGGAAUAUUAUCCCUUCUCAGAGGUCCUGGCCUAUUUCACUUUCUGUCUGUGGAUAAUCCCGUUUGCGUUCUUUGUGUCACUGUCGGCUGGGGAGAACGUCCUGCCCUCCACCAUGCAGCCUGGAGAUGACGUGGUCUCCAAUUACUUCACCAAAGGCAAGCGGGGCAAACGCUUAGGGAUCCUGGUUGUCUUCUCCUUCAUCAAAGAGGCCAUUCUACCCAGUCGGCAGAAGAUGUACUGAACUUCUGUGGAGGGGAUGCUGGGGCAAGAUCAGGAGAGUCAGGCCCCUGGGCCUCUGCAGUAGGUGGGUGCCGGGAGCUGGAAGGCACCUUCCCCCAGCGCUGGCCCUCCUUCCCUCGACUCCCCCGGAAGCCCCUAUCCCCACCGUCCUCAGGAGGCUCAGAUGUGAUGCUGCCGGAGGCUGAGACCUCAGAGGGCGCCAGGGAGGAUGCGGUGCCUGCUUAGCCAGGAGGCCGUGGCCCACCUAGGUGUGCAGAGCUGAGCUCCUGUGGCCCUCCCGCCCCUUCCUGUGAUGGGUCCGGAGUUCUGGCUCAGCCGGGGCAGGCAGGGCAGGGGCCGUGAAGCUGGAGAGCAGACAGUGAUAACUGCUAUGGGCAGAUGGCCAUGGGGAGGGGCUGUGGCUUAGCACUUGCAAGAGAAAGUUCUGCUGUUGAACUGUGAUUUCUGUCCAAGUGCUGAUUCCCGUUUGAAUAAAGAUUCUAGGUGGCCCUGUUUGCCUUAAUACCCUGAAA